UAAACAGACCCGAAGCUCGGUCUCGGGAACCGAGGAGGUGCGCGCCUCCCCGGGGGUUACCUUCUUCGGGUGUUUCCGGAACUCAGCCGUCGUCCGGGGCUCGGAGGAGGAGGCGCACCCCCCUCCCGUUCCAGGGCGCUUCGGAUGUUUCCGGCUGCCGCCGGCGGAAAGAGCCGAGGGCCGGCGGUGGAGGCGGCCAUGUUGGGAGCAGCAGGUCCGGCGGCGGCUGCCUGUGUGCCGGGCGCGGAGCAGUGCCGCUGAGGGCAGGGGAGGAGCGAGGCAGGCGGCCGGCUGCGGCGGCAGAGAGUAGGCGGAGCGGCGCAGCCCGGCCGAAAGGCGGCACAGCCCAGCCGGGGGUCGGGGGGGUGCGGUCCGGAGCCGCUCGGAGCCGGCGCGGCCUAGCCCGAGCGGCGCAUCCCCGGGCUGGCGUGAGCGGCUGCCCGGCCUCCCCGCACCCCCGGCCGGGGCCCAUGCGGCGGGUGCCCCUGCUGUGAGAAGCCCCGCCCGACCGGGCUCCGCGCCUUCCCUUCCCUCCCUUCCUCCAAGCUUCUCGUUUCCCUCCCCUGAGAUACCGGCGCCAUGUCCAGCGCUCGGACCCCCCUACCCACGCUGAACGAGAGGGACACGGAGCAGCCCGCCCUGGCACACCUCGACGCCAAGCCCAGCAGUAAGUCCAACAUGCUGCGGGCCCGCAACUCGGCCCCCUCGGCCGACGAGCAGCCCCACAUCGGCAACUACCGGCUCCUCAAGACCAUCGGCAAGGGCAACUUCGCCAAGGUGAAGCUGGCCCGGCACAUCCUAACGGGGAAGGAGGUGGCUGUGAAGAUCAUCGACAAGACACAGCUGAACUCCUCCAGCCUCCAGAAGCUCUUCCGCGAAGUGAGGAUAAUGAAGGUUUUGAAUCAUCCCAACAUCGUUAAGUUAUUCGAAGUGAUUGAGACGGAGAAGACGCUCUACCUUGUGAUGGAGUACGCGAGUGGAGGAGAGGUGUUUGAUUACCUGGUAGCUCAUGGCAGGAUGAAAGAAAAGGAGGCUCGAGCCAAAUUCCGCCAGAUAGUGUCUGCCGUGCAGUACUGCCACCAGAAGUUCAUCGUGCACCGAGACUUGAAGGCGGAAAACCUGCUCUUGGACGCCGAUAUGAACAUCAAGAUAGCAGACUUUGGCUUCAGCAACGAAUUCACCUUCGGGAACAAGCUGGAUACCUUCUGCGGCAGCCCCCCAUAUGCGGCCCCAGAGCUCUUCCAGGGCAAAAAGUAUGACGGCCCCGAGGUGGACGUGUGGAGCCUGGGAGUGAUCCUGUACACCCUGGUCAGCGGGUCCCUGCCAUUCGAUGGACAGAACCUCAAGGAGCUGCGGGAGCGGGUACUGAGGGGGAAAUACCGCAUUCCGUUCUACAUGUCCACAGACUGUGAAAACCUGCUGAAGAAAUUUCUCAUUCUCAAUCCCAGCAAGAGAGGCACUUUAGAGCAAAUCAUGAAAGAUCGAUGGAUGAACGUGGGUCACGAAGAUGACGAGUUAAAGCCUUAUGUGGAGCCACUCCCCGACUAUAAGGACCCCCGGCGGACAGAGUUGAUGGUGUCCAUGGGCUACACCCGGGAAGAGAUCCAGGACUCACUGGUGGGCCAGAGAUACAACGAGGUGAUGGCCACCUAUCUGCUCCUGGGCUACAAGAGCUCAGAGCUGGAGGGCGACACCAUCACCUUGAAACCGAGACCCUCGGCCGACCUGAGCAACAGCAGCGCCCCCUCCCCCUCCCACAAGGUGCAGCGCAGCGUCUCCGCCAACCCCAAGCAGCGACGCUUCAGUGACCAGGCCGGCCCUGCCAUCCCCACCUCCAACUCCUACUCUAAGAAGACCCAGAGCAACAACGCGGAGAACAAGCGGCCCGAGGAGGAGCGGGAGUCGGGGCGCAAGGCCAGCAGCACGGCCAAAGUGCCCGCCAGCCCCCUGCCCGGCCUGGAGAGGAAGAAGAGCACCCCCACCCCGUCCACGAACAGCGUCCUCUCCACCAGCACAAACCGCAGCAGGAACUCGCCCCUGCUGGAGCGGGCCAGCCUGGGCCAGGCCUCCAUCCAGAACGGCAAGGACAGCCUAACCAUGCCAGGGUCCCGGGCCUCCACGGCUUCUGCUUCCGCCGCAGUCUCUGCGGCCCGACCCCGCCAGCACCAGAAAUCCAUGUCGGCCUCCGUGCACCCCAACAAGGCCACUGGGCUGCCCCCCACGGACAGUAACUGUGAGGUGCCGCGGCCCAGCACAGCCCCCCAGCGCAUCCCUGUCGCCUCCCCCUCUGCCCACAACAUCAGCAGCGGCGGCGGAGCCCCCGAACGAACUAAUUUCCCCCGGGGCGUGUCCAGCCGGAGCACCUUCCACGCGGGGCAGCUGCGGCAGGUGCGGGACCAGCCGAACCUGCCCUAUGGCGUGACCCCGGCCUCCCCAUCCGGCAACAGCCAGGGCCGGCGGGGGGCCUCGGGGAGCAUCUUCAGCAAGUUCACCUCCAAGUUCGUGCGCAGAAAUCUGUCUUUCAGGUUUGCCAGAAGGAACCUAAAUGAACCUGAAAGCAAAGACCGGGUGGAGACGCUCAGACCUCACGUGGUGGGCGGCGGCAACGACAAAGACAAGGAGGAGUUCCGGGAGGCCAAGCCGCGCUCGCUGCGCUUCACGUGGAGCAUGAAGACCACGAGCUCCAUGGAGCCCAACGAGAUGAUGCGGGAGAUCCGCAAGGUGCUGGACGCCAACAGCUGCCAGAGCGAGCUGCACGAGAAGUACAUGCUGCUGUGCAUGCACGGCACGCCGGGCCACGAGAGCUUCGUGCAGUGGGAGAUGGAGGUGUGCAAGCUGCCGCGCCUCUCGCUCAACGGCGUGCGCUUCAAGCGGAUAUCGGGCACCUCCAUGGCCUUCAAGAACAUUGCCUCCAAAAUAGCCAACGAGCUCAAGCUUUAACGGCCGCCGCCCGCCCGGGGCGGGGGCGCGGGGCGGCGCGGACCGAGCUCGCGGGGCGCCCGCGUCCCCCCCGCCGGCCCCUCUCCCCCGGCCCGGCCCGGCCGGGCCCGCUCGCGGCUCUCGCCCCUGUUUGCGGGGGACGGGAGGUGGUCCUCGGCGCCCCCUCCUCCCCCCUGCCCAGAGCCCCCCGCCCCGCCCCCACCGGAGGCAAAGGAAGGGGAGGGCGGGGCGGGGGGGCGGGGCUCCCCCUCGGUACUGCGGUUGCACAGAGUAUUUCGCCUAAACCAAGAAAUUUUUUUAUUACCAAAAAGAAAAAAAAGAAAAAAAAAAACAAAACAAAGCCCAGCGGCCACCUUUCCUCCCUGCCCCGUCGGGACAGCCGAGACUGGAUCUGUGGGGCUCCCGGGAGGGCGGCUCAGGGCUGGACACUCUCAGGCAAGAGUGGCGGGGGGCCGCGGCUCCGCCGGGCCCGCUCUGGGCUCCUCCCCGCUCCUCCCCCUCCCCCAGCGACCCACCAGAGGUGGCCUUCCCCUGCGCCCGGCCCCCGGCUGCGGGGGGCGGGGGGGCAGGGGGGUUGCGUGGCCCCGCGGUGGGGGGCGGCCCCACACUGUACCCUCCGCCGCCCCUCCCCGGAGCCGGGCAUCUCCUCCACAAGCUGCUGUGGGGACUUCGGGUCCCCUCCUCAAGUCUGUGCCAUCUCCCGCCCCCCCUCCCGCGGGGCGGGGGCUGCAGGGCAGACGGGCCCGGGGGGCGUUCUCCGUUCUGGGAGAGCCUUUGUCUGGAACCCGGGCCCGGCGCCCCCGCCCCCCCCACCGCUCCCCUCAUUGGCAUUAAUCUGGGCACCGCGCGCCCCGCGGCAGCGACCCCCCUCCCCCCCACUCAUCUCUCGGCCUUGCCUUUCUCUUCCUGACACUGUCGCCCUCCUCAGGAGACACGGCCCGCCCGCCCGCGGGGGGCGGCACUGGGCAGCGGCGGCCGGACGCCCCCCGGCCAGCCCCGCGGCCAGGGCGGGCACGGCUGGUGGCGGGCGCUUGGUUGGUGGCGGCCGCUGCAUCCCUUAAUUUAUUUCUCUGCUGUUUCUGUUCUUGAGAAAAUGGGGGAGGGGCCCGCGAGGCUGCCCCUGCCCGCACCUGAGUUGUACAUUUUUUGUGAUGGGUUUUAUUUUUUAUUUUAUUAUUGGGUUUUUUUUUGGUUUUUUUUUUUUUUUUGAUUUAUGAUGACCCCACCCUACUCAUCACCCCCUCCCAGGCCAGGCUCUGAGGCCAGUGGAGCCCCCGGUCCCAGGGAGGCUCUCCAGCCCCUGGUCUGACCCGGGCUCCCCCCUUCUCCCCUGCCCGGGUGCUCCCAGGGGCCUCAGGGGGCAGGUGGGGGGCACGGCUUGACUCCCCAAAGGGGGUGGCAGCCUGGGGAGGGGGUGCUCUGAGGCGAGGCGCCCCUCCCCACCCAACCCCCUCCUGCACUUAGUUCUCCUCCGGAUCAAACACGUAAUAAAGAGAAUGUUUGGAAUCUGA